ACAUUCACGGUGUUAUUGAAGUAUACGCAUACCGCACUAGUUACCUAAGUGUAGCAUGCUUUGAAGACAGGGGUAGGAAAGUGACCCCCGUCUCUUCGUAUAAAUACUGGUGUUUCUCAAGUGAAGAAUCAUACAUCAGCUGUGCCUCCAACAGUCAGUUCGUUUAAUUUUGUGUUUUCAACCACCUAUCAUCAAUAUGAAAUUCUUGGUUUGUGCCUUCGCCGUAUUGGCUGUAGCAGCUGCCGGAGAGACCAAAAAGGACAAGAGGGGCAUCUACGGAGAAUCCUUGGGCUUGGGCUAUGGUAGCUUGGGCUACGGAAGCUACGGAGGCUACGGAUUGGGCGGUCUAGACCAUGGAUUAUCCUACUCCGCACCACUCAGUUUGGGACACUCUCUCUCAUACUCAGCCCCAAUCAUCUCCAAGUCAUACGUCUCAUCCCCAAUCCUUGCCAAGUCCUAUGUCUCAUCCCCCAUCAUUGCCAAGUCUUACGUACCAGCCCCAAUUGUAUCCAAGGCUAUUGUAGCCCCAGCUCCAAUCAUCAAGACCUACGCUGCUGCCCCUUUGAUCAAGUCUUACUCAGCCCCCAUCAUUAAGACUUAUGCUGCCGCCCCUGUAAUCAAAUCUUAUGCCGCUCCAAUUUCCCUUGGACACGGUUACGGUUAUGGACUUGGUGACUUGGCUCUUGGCGGACAUGGUUUGUCCUACAGCAGCGGUUUGGAAUUGGGACACGGAUGGUGAUUCAGUUCUUGAUGAUUUUUCUUUGUGUUAAUAGCUUUAAGUUAUCGAUGUAUAAAUUGUAAAAUAAAACGAGAUUAUUUUCUUAA